UCCUUCUCCCCCGGUUCACAUCUGUGCGGGUGGUGCCCCUGCAGAUCCGCAUGAAAAUCCGUGCAGCCGCACCGCCCGCUCAGAGCAAUGCGGACCCGCGGGCAGGUGCCAUUAGUUCUAAUAGCACGCCGCCAGCACUGGAAAACGCAACCAUAUUGGGAACCGAGGUUCCCGUGCGGGCUACUUUUUCAGAAGUGCAGGGACUUCUUUCCCUGCGUGUCACGGGGCACAGGAGUCCAUUCAAAUGAAUGGGCUCUUGUGCCCACGCAAAAUGCGGCCUGCACGGCCACA